CUGAGGGGAUAUAGAACGGGAUGAGCAGAGCUGAUAAGCUGAAAAAACAAACAGAACCCUAAUUUCGGGGAAUGAAGACUGGAUUAUGGUCCAAACUCUCUCAACGGCCGACGUUGAGAAUGAAAAGGAGGUGGAUCUGCGCCCCACACAAAAGAUUUAGGUUUCUGAGUCUGCAAUCUCCCCCAUUAUGCAGAGGAAAAUGUCGCAGCUCCGUCAAGCCGGUGGUCAGGAUGAAGCCGGCGCAGCACCUCAGCUGGUGGUGGUGGCGAUCGACGGCGAUAAGAACAGCCAGCACGCUCUCAAAUGGGCGGCCGAUCAUAUCUUAUCUAAGAACGAGAUAUUCAUCCUUCUACAUGUUCGACGGAAGAUCACUUCUAUUCCCACUCCAUCUGGACUCCAGAUUCCAAUUACUGAUGUGGAGGAUGAUGUUUCCUCUGCUUACAUUGAGCAAAUUGACCUUCAGACUAAAGAACUACUUCUUCCUUUUCAAUGCUUCUGCAGCAGAAGAGGGUUGCAGUGCAAGGAAGUGAUAUUGAAUGAAUCUGUUGUUGCAAAGGCAAUUGUCGAUUUUGUCACAUACCAUGCUGUCGAUAAGCUAGUUGUGGGCUCAUCAAAUAGAAAUGCAUUUACGAGGACUUUUAAGAAUCUGGAUGUCCCAACAGCUGUGUCAAAGGCUGCUCCAGAAUUUUGUUCUGUUUAUAUUAUAUCGAAAGGGAAGAUAUCAUCGGUUCGUCCUGCUACUCGUCCAAAAAAACAGUUUGUUAACAAGCUUCAAGAGUUGGAUGCUUCUGGAAAUCCCUUUCAAUCUGUUAAAAGUACACCUGAAGUGGGACAGUACUACGGGCCUUCUGAAAGUUCCACCUUGUUAACCAGAGGUGGAGCUACCCAUGGCACAAGAAAUGCGAUAUACGAGAGGGUUUUUGAUAACAGAACUGGCGAAAGGAAGGCCAUGGGAAGCCAGCUUGGAGCUCACUUUGAUGUACCUGGUUAUAGCACAACCUCAUGUCCAAGUCCGAGCAGGGCGAGUUUUGACCAAACUGAACAUUUAUUUUCGCGAGAGAUUCUUGAUUUUGGUGGACGACAAUUGCAACCAUCUCCAUUUCUCCAUGAAUACAGUAGUGGAGAACAUGAACAAGGAUUUGUACUGAAUUCUCAUGAUCAUGGAACCUUCUCUAAUACCAUUGGUUAUGGCGGUGGCAAUCAGUUUUCAAACGGAUUGAGUGGAGGUAAUUGGCAAAGUACUGGUGGAUCAAAUGGGCUCGGUCACAUGAAUCCGAUACCAAAGAGGGAAGUUGGAUCUUGGUCACGCCAUUCGACAGAUGAUUUGGAAUCUAAGAUAAGUAGACUGAAGCUAGAGUUAAAGGACAUGGCAAUUUCGUAUGAUGAUUCUAUUCCAGAGGCAUGCCCUUGGAAUACUUCUUUUGGGACUAUGAAAUCCAAGAAUGAAGAGGUGGCAGUUGCUCCAAAGGCUACCCUUACUAAGCAGAGAUCUAUACUUCCCUUGCCUGAAUCACCAAACGCUUCUAAACUAGACAAUGAAGGAAAUAAUUCUAAGAACGGGAAUCACACGUGGCUUCAAGAGAUUGCAGAGAAGAGGAGAGAGCUGGAGACAAUUCCUUCAGAUAUUCGUUACAGGAGGUACAGCCCUGAAGAGAUUCUGAAAGCAACGGAUAACUUCUCAGACUUGCUAAAGAUAGGUGAAGGAGGCUAUGGACCCGUCUUUAAAUCCACCCUUGAUCAUACACUAGUUGCAAUUAAGAUUCUGAGAUCUGAUGUAGCUCAAGGAAUUAAGCAAUUCCAAAAGGAGGUGGAGGUAUUAAGCUGCAUCAGACAUCCAAAUAUGGUCCUCCUCCUCGGCGCCUGCCCCGAAUAUGGCUGCCUGGUGUACGAAUUUAUGUCAAACGGCAGCCUCGAGGACCGAAUUUUCUGCAAUUCCGGCACCCCUCCAUUAUCAUGGCAGCUCCGCUUCAAAAUCGCAGCCGAGAUAGCCACCGGCCUCCUCUUCCUCCACCAGACCAAGCCCGAACCACUGGUCCACCGAGAUCUAAAGCCCGGAAACAUUCUUCUCGACAACAAUUUCGUCAGCAAAAUCGCCGAUGUUGGCUUGGCUCGCCUCAUCCCUCCCUCCAUGGCAGGGCCCACCCCGAAUAUGACCGCUGCCGCCGGAACAUUCUGUUACAUUGAUCCGGAGUACCAAAAAACUGGCUUGGUGAGCACCAAGUCCGACAUUUAUGCUCUGGGUGUCAUCCUUCUUCAGCUCGUCACCGCGAGGCUGCCCAUGGGGCUCACUCAUUCUGUUGAAAAUGCCAUGGAGAUGGGAAGGUUUGAGCAGAUGUUGGAUCCCAAGGUGCUGAAUUGGCCGAAGGAACAUGCUACGAAGCUUGCCGGAAUAGCCCUCCGCUGCACCGAGCUUCGCCGGAAGGAUCGCCCGGAUCUAGCUACGGUCGUGCUUCCACAACUGAAUGAGUUGAGUGCUUUUGCGGAGGGAACUCUUGAUCCUGCAUGGCAUGCUUCACGUUGGAGCUCCAGGAACAUAAGAGAGAUGAGGAAUUCUGUUUCAGGAAUAGAAGAGUUUGAUAAAGCUGAGAGAGCAAGGGGCAUUUGAGUCAUUGAAACAUUUGGGGAGGCCAUGCUUUUAGUGCACAGAUAUGUUAUUUUUGGGGCAUUUACCAACAUACCACCAUAUUCUUUUGUAUUUACACAUCUAACAC